AUGGUCCAUACUAAUAAAGGCCCUGUUGCCGGUAUCGAUUUUAAUGUUGAAGGAAAAACGGUUUAUGGCUAUCUUGGCAUUCCUUUUGCCCAACCGCCUGUUGGCUCUUUAAGAUUUCAGCCUCCACAACCGAUAGAAACCGUAUGGAAACAACCAUUUGAUGCCACAUCUCUCCCUUAUGCUUGUCCACAAGGUCUACCAAUUCCCGAUCUCAGUCAAGACACUAAACAUGGACAAAUUAGAGAAGAUUGUCUCUAUAUUAAUGUUUGGACCCCUAGUGCAAGUAGUACAUCAAAAUUGCCUGUUUUUGUUUUUAUCCAUGGUGGAGCUUAUUUCUAUGGUAGUGGAUCACGAUGGCAAGGUAAAGUACUUGCAAGCAAUCAAAAUAUUAUUGUUGUAACUAUGAAUUAUCGCUUGGGUGCUUUUGGGUUUAUGACACCAGGUGAAAAAGUCGACGGUAAACACGUUAUUGAACCCAAUCUGGGGUUGUAUGAUCAACGAUUGGCUCUUCAAUGGGUUCGCGAGAAUAUCGCUCAAUUUGGAGGCGAUCCUAAUAAAAUUACAGCUUCGGGUAAUUCAGUUGGCGCUAUGUCAGUUGGAUUACAUACCAUGUCACCUGGAAGUAAAGGAUUAAUUCAUAGAGCUAUUUUGGAUAGUGGUACUCCACAAUUUCCGGAAUUCUUCCAUCCAGACUUCACCACUCCACGAAAAGUAUUUGAAGAAGCUGUCAAACACUCUAAUUGUGCACGAGCUAAUACAGCUGAAACAGUAGCUUGCCUUCAAGAUCUACCUAUGCAAGAAUUAUUAGGUGCUCAAUUUAAAACCAUGGGUGUCUAUCCAUUUGGCUUUUCUGUCGCUGUUGAUGAUCAAUUUUUGCCAGAUAAUCCUGAAACUUUACUUAAAAAUGGACAGUACGAAAAGGUACCUACGAUGAUUGGGACAACAUCAGAUGAUGGCUCGGUUUUUGUAAGAAUGGGUGGCUAUCCAGAUAUCGAAAAAGGGCUAUCAACAGAGAAUUUUUUCGCUUCAAUAGAUGUUUUUUUUAAAGCAUUCAGUAAACAAACUAGAUCUGCUAUUAAAUUUCGUUAUACUAAUUGGAUCAAAGAAAACGAUCCUUUAGCUGUUCGAGACGAGGCGACCAAACUCUUUAAUGAUUACUUUUUUGCAGCACCUGCUGAUAAAUGCGCUCAACAGUAUGCAUCUGAUGGUGUCCCUACUUAUUAUUUCGAAUUUGCCUUUCCUACCAAAUUGUCAUUUAUUUUCCCUUCAUACCUGGGUGUUACUCACACUAUGGAGAUGCCACAAGUAGUAGGCUACCCAAUUGAUAAGCCGGCCAGUUUUCUAGCCAAUUUCACGGAUGAAGAUGUCAAAGUAUCGCGAAGAAUGAUGGAGACUUGGGGAAACUUUAUCAAAUAUGGCGGAGAUCCUAAUACUCCCAAUUUAGAUGGUAUAGCUUGGCCACGAUUUUAUGGUAACUCUUCUCAGUAUUACGUAUUUACUGCUAGCCCAGCCGUUCGAGAUCAUUUAAGAUCAAAUAACAUGCGAUUUUGGAAUCAUUUAAUUCCAAAAUUGAAUGCUACUCAACCUCUUUCAGUUGCUACCAUAUCAACAACUAGUAGUCCUACUACUAAGUUGCCAUUAACAACUCAAUUAUCGCCACUCCUCCAAGAAUUGCAUACAUAUCGUCUGGCAUUAUGGAUUACACUUGGUGCAGCCUGUUUCCUAGCAAUUUUAAGCUUAAUUUUAGGAAUUAUGGUGGCUAAAAUUCGCAAUCGUCCAAUGAAAUCUUAA